ACCACAUCGUUGCACAUCUCAAUGGCGACAGUUCACCUUUGUGGUGAAUAGUCGGACUAAAAGCUGCGAGCCUCAGUGGGUUCCAAAUGCUGUGUACUCCCAAGAGAAAUACAAGCGCAGCUGACUGAGAGUCCGCAUCGCCAUGGCUGCGCGAUAAAAAGCCUAUAUAAAGACCCGGUGGGCCGCUUUUUAGGCUUCUCCUUCGACCACAUCCUUCUCCUUCCCUCUCGACAUGUCUCACAUAAGUCAAUCCAACCCUGAUACCAGGGCAUUACCUGACGGCUGGAUUACCCAGUACGACCCAAACUACAACACUUGGUUCUACGUGAACACCAAAGCAACUCCGCCACAGGUGACCUGGGAACACCCUCUAGGGCCUCCUCCUCCCGCUCCCCCGGCCUAUAGCCCCCCUGCUGGUCCACCCCCUGUCUCGAGUCCAGCAGGUGGUGCACCCGGUUUCCCUCAAGCCUCGACAUACCCAGGCGGACCAUCUACACCAGGUCCUCAACCCGGAGGCAGCCACAACCCCUACGGCUACAACAACCCACAAGGCGCAUAUGGCGGAUAUGGUGCACCCCACGGUGCAGGUGGGUACCCAGGCCCCCAGCCCCCUCAAGGCCCGAAUCAUUACGGCGGAUACGGCGGAGCACCCCCUCCACCCAUGCACGGCGGGCCAAGCCCAGGUCCAGCUCCCGUCCAAUCAUCCAAGGGCAGCGGCUUGAGUUCGUUAUUCACCAAGAAAUUCGGAGUUGGGAGCGGAAGUAGCGGCGGCGGACUCGGGAACGGAGGUGGAUUGCUCGGAUCGCUGGGAGGGGCUGGCAAAUACUCCAGUAACGGGUACUACAAUCCCCAACAUGGGUACCACGCACCUGCCCACACCACCUACGUUAAACCAAACAAGUCGGGAGGGAUGGGUAAAGCGGGUAUGGUUGCUGCUGGAGGUGCGGGCUUGAUCGGUGGUUUGCUCGUCGCAGAUGCUAUUGACGACGCCUUCGACGGCGAUUGUGGAGGUGGAGACUUUGACUUUGAGUAAAGGUAUCCGACUUGCGCAUAGUAACACACGAAGUUCUACCACUACCCAACGCCAUUACGACCUUUUUCCAGAAACCUGUUUCCUGAUACCCCAUCCUGA